AUGGCGUACGAACAGUUCCGCAUAUACGGCUACAACCACGGUACUGAACCAGAGCAUUAUCGACUGCAUGUACGAGACCAUCGGACUGAGCAUACUACACCGCGUCGGGCACACUACUAUGAUGCAUACCAGUCCAGCCCGGGAGCUGACUAUAUCGAUCGUGCACGCAUGCCACGACCAGACGAUCACAUCGGACCGUACGUUGAAUCAGCACGUCGGUCGAGGCGUAAGAAUACUGGCUAUUCGACUCAAGACUACAUCUCUCCUCCAGUCGAUGCCAGGGAUGACUACAUUGACCAGGACUACCAUACACCAGCUAGGGCUCAUGCCCAGCAUACUCCAAGGCAUCAAAACGUACCAGGGGGAUUCUAUGAGGAUGAAUAUUCCCCAUCAAUGCCAAGUAUAUCAGCAAAGGAGCAAGAUUCCAUUCACCGAAUUAUGAAAGAAGCCAAGUUCGGGAAUCAUCACGAAAUCAUGCGGGCCUAUUGGGUGCCACAAGAAUACGAUGAGAUGCCUGUUGAUCAGACACAUUCGCAUAGACAGAGGUCAAGAUCAGUUCCGAAAUUAGAGCCAAGAAGAGUCAGGUACGAUAGCGAGAGUGAGACUGACGUGCAGACUUAUGUUGGUGACAGUGGAGAUGAUGAAGUAGAAAGACCAAGACUGGGAGGCUGGAACAGCGAUGAAGAUUCCAUUGUUGAAACAAGAGACAGAUGGAGAUCCAAGUCCCUACGAAGCGACGACGUAGGACGGGCUCCGUCUCCUCACAUGCCCGGAGGCUACGCAUCCUCUUCGCCAAGCAUACACUACGAGAGCGACGAAGAAGACGAAAUGCGUCAUCGAAGUCGAAAAGCAUCCAGGGAACGCGCAAUACGGCGUUACGCCUCUUCCUCCCCUAAUGACCGACACAGAGACUCUUCAGCGUCCCCUUCGGCACAUCACUAUGCCUCCUCGUCCCCUGCUCCCAGCGAGUGGGGUCAGUAUCGAUCUCGCAGGCACAUCUCCUUCUCCUCGAGCACCGAUCACGCUCGCCAGCGAUCCAUGUCUAGUCCUCCCACUAGACCACACGCCUCGUCAUCACUGCGCCCACGAAUCCAGCGCGCUCCUUCGCCGCCGCCCGCUAUCGCGCGACGGUACUCUUCUUCUUCAACACUGUCGCCAUAUGUUGGUAGCGACUACGACGCACCAGUCCGCUACGAGUCCGAUACGGGCGACGACGACGAUACUUCUACCUUACUGUCAACCAUCAAGUACUCAACCACCGCCGCUCGACCAAUUGACUACAUCUCAAACACCUUCCACCACACACACGUCUGA